UCAUACAAUCAUCCACUUCAAGAUGGACAUAUACCACCGUCAGUUACGCAAUUAUCAUUCGAACGAUUCAAUCAACCUCUUCAAGUUGGACAUAUACCACCAUCGGUUACGCGAUUAUCAUUUGAACGAUACAAUCAACCUCUUCAGGUCGGACAUAUUCCACAAUCGGUUACGCAAUUAUCAUUUGGAUUAUUCAAACAACCUCUUCAAGUUGGACAUAUACCAUCUUCGGUUACUGGAUUAUUUUUAGAAUUAUUCAAUCAACCUCUUCAAGUUGGACAUAUACCAUCGUCGGUUUCGCAUUUAUCAUUCGGAUUAUUCGGUCAACCUCUUCAAGUUGGACAUAUACCAUCGUCGGUUACGCAAUUAUCAUUCACAUAUGAUUCAUUCAAUCAUCCUCUUCAGGUUGGACAUAUACCACCAUCAGUGACCCAACUAUCAUUCAGAUCAUUCAAUCAACCUCUUCAGGUUGGACACAUACCAUCGUCCGUUACGGGAUUAUUAUUAGAGUUAUUCAGUCAACCUCUUCAGAUUGGACAUAUCCCACCAUCAGUUACGAAAUUAUCAUUAGAAUCAUUCAAUCAACCUCUUCAGAUUGGACAUAUACCACCAGCAGUGACAGACUUAUCAUUAGAAUCAUUUAACCAACCCCUUCAAGUUGGAUUUAUACCACAAUCAGUAACAUUGUUGGUAUUAGGCCAUCACUUCAACCAACCUCUCGCACCAGAAUACGUCCCAUCAGUUUCAUCACUAUCGCUUCGGUGCUCUCGAUUCUCACAUGACAAUUUCAGUUUGCUUCUUGGUCACAAUACUCUCAAUGAGCUUCACAUUCAUCAUUUCGUCAUCAAUACCACCGAGAAAUGGCGGACAAAAGAUAUCCCAUACUUAGAGCUGGGAUCAUUUCUGGAUGAAAAUCUCAUUACUCUGACAAGAAUGAAUAAUCAUGUUAGUUCAAUUGCCUUGGAUGAAAAUCAUAUUACUCUGACAAGAACGAGCAACAGACUUUCGCACUUGAUCAUUCAUAUACAGCCAGCAUGCGAACCGAGAACACUACGCGAGGUUGUACCACUCUCCAUUUUGCCGCUACUGAGGUCAUUUCCAACCAUAACAUUGCAAAUAUACUAUAUUCCUUUAGGAUCCAACUAUUCGCACCUCGACCUUCAAAUUGUCUGCAGGCUAGUCGACUUUGGUGGAGCAGUACUAUAUAUCCCUACAACCAACGAAAGUGACUUCAGAAGAAAAGAAGGCGAUGGCAUUGGAUCAUUUUGGCUAUUU